CAUUUUGCAGUAGUGGGGGCUCACCCCCACCGGAGAAGUAGUACAGUCUGGCAGGGUGCCAAACAUCCCCACAGGCAUGAAGGUUCUUAGAGUCAUGCUAUACUGAAAAGACACUUGAUCAAGAGAACUCUGGGAGAAGCAGAAAACCCUGUGCCAGGGACAGGAAAGAUAGGAGGCUGAAGUGUGAUUGUUUCAGACCAAUGCCUCAGAGAAAUAUGGAGAGACGGGUUUUUCUCUAUCACCAGGCUGGAGAGAAGUGAUGCGUGAUCAUAGCUCACUGUAACCUCAAACUCCUGGGCUCAGGCAAUGCUUCCGCUUCAUCCUCCCAAGUAGCUGGGACUACAGGAAAGAAAGUUUAUCAGAAUUUUUUAAACCUGUCUCAGAAAUAACAACAUAUUUUAAUCAGAUUUCACCUGUGCCACAGGCCACCAUGGAUCUGCACCUCGAUGCCCUUCGGAGUCACGAGAGCGCAAGCAAUAGCAGCUCAGGAAGCAGCAGCAGAGGAGACCAGAAAGGCUGAAGCUUCAGAGAUCACCUGCCAAACACAGGCUGAACCUGACAGCAUGUCAUACCAGGAUGUUGCUAUGAGGACAGAUUCAUCAAAAAUGACUGAUGUGGAGUCUGGGGUUGCCAAUUUUGCAUCUUCAGCAAGGGCAGGCCGCCGGAAUGCCUUACCAGACAUCCAGAGUUCAGCUGCCACAGACGGAACCUCAGAUUUACCCCUCAAACUGGAGGCUCUCUCCGUGAAGGAAGAUGCAAAAGAGAAAGAUGAAGAAACAACACAAGACCAAUUGGAAAAGCCUCAAAAUGAAGAAAAAUGAAGGCUCAUAAUCUAUCAAGAGUGCUGAAUUUCCGCAUGUUGAAAGACUUAGUGGUUCUGUUUUCCUGAGACAUUUAAUCUGGUGGUAACUGUGGUAACAUUGCAGCCCUAAGCAGCAUGUGUAUAUUAGAUAAUUGUGUUGUGAUGCUACUCACUUUGAUUGCAAUGAUGAUGUCCAAUGUAAGCUAUUAAAAGGCAGGUUACUUCCAAACCUCACUGAUGGAAAAGGUUAAGAAUAAUACAUGAUCACGGAAAUGCAUACCAUUGUCAGUAAACCCAACAAAAUUCACUGUUCUCUUUUGGAUUUAUUUAGCCUGAUGUAUUUUUAAUUCAGUUUUUAUGGUGAUGGGCAAAUCAUUUCUUGGUAAAUGUAAAUCAAACAUGAUUGAUUUAAAACUUCAUGGAAUUUGUAGAAAAUUAUGGGCAUUUUUGGUGAGAAAGAACAAUAGUCAAAAUUCACAUGGAUAGAGUGUGUUUGUUUUUUGCCAAAAAUGCCUCAGACUUUUUCCCAAACCUCAAAAACGACUUGGAAAAAUUGUAAAAGUUUGAUAACAAAAACAUCUUUAGGAUAUUUUUGUCUGACAUAUUUUGCUUCUAGUAUGUGCCUACUGUGAUUUUUUUCAUGUGGAAAAUGCAAAAUUUGUAACAAAAUGGUUAUAUGGAACAUGCCUAUUAAAUGAAUUUUACUAUCUUCCCUAA